AUGGCAUCGCCCAUGAGGAACCUCAUCUCCGACCACGCCAGAUACGUCCAGUCCUUCCGCCUCUUCCUCGCCAGCUCCACCGAGCACCAGAGCAUGCGGGCCUUCCUGGAGGGACAGCUGCCCGCCCUGCUGGCCAGUAUUGGAAAUGGGAAGUCUACAAUCAAUAUUCUGAGUGUUGGUGGUGGAGCAGGUGAGAUUGACCUGCUGAUCCUUUCAAAGGUACAAGCCACAUACCCAGGAGUCACCAUCAACAACGAUGUCAUAGAGCCAAAUGCUGACCAAAUCUCAAAGUACAAAGAGCGAGUGGCUGAGACAUCAAACCUUGAGAAUGUAAAGUUUACCUGGCAUGAGGAGACAGCUUAUGAAUAUGAAAGUCGAAUGAGUGCAGAAAAGAAGCCUAAAAAAUGGGACUUCAUUCACAUGGUCCAGAUGCUGUAUUACGUGAAAGACGUCCCAGCGACUCUCCGGUAUUUCCACAGCCUCCUGGAAACACAGGGAAAGCUCCUCAUUAUCGUGACAUCAGAAAUCAGUGGCUGGGAAACGCUGUGGAGGAAGUAUGGGCCUUCCUUACCUUUCCAAGAUCUCUGCUCUUACAUUUCUUCUGCUGACAUCAAAAGGAUACUGGAUUCAGCUGGGCUGAAGUACCAGGCCUAUGAGCUCCCAUCCCACAUGGACAUAACGAGCUGCUUUAUUGAAGGGAACAAGGAUGGGGAGCUGCUGCUGGAUUUCCUGACAGAAGUGUGUGACUUCUCUAAAACUGCUCCACCUGAACUAAAGCAUCAGAUAAUGGAAGAGUUAAGAAAGCCUGAAUGCAGUGAAAAAAGAGAUGGGAAGGUGCUUUUUAAUAACAACCUGAGUGUAAUAGUGGUUGAGCCAUGA